AUUUAAUUUCGUUUUUUACUGCAUCGAGUGCAGUUGCAAAUAUCAAAAUGAAGCGCAUAGAAUUAAAAAUUGUGUUGAUACUCAUAGUAUACGAAUUCUCUGCAAUCGCAGCUAUUGGAUCUGAGACGUGCCAAUUGAACCGAGAUAUGGAAAACCAGUGUCGUACUCAUUCUUACACCGUAGUCAAACCUAUGCUAGAUUAUCUCCGUCAGGUUGAAGAGGAAUUACAACAAAGCAAAGAAAAAGAUAGAAUCAUAGCAGACUUAAGAAAAAGGUUAAUUGAACAGAAAAACAACGAUGAUUUGGUAAAGGAAUUACGAUCUCAAAUAGAGUUUCAAAAGAUAAUUCAUACAAAUUGGAAAUUGAUUGAGAAUUAUGGAAAAUGCAAAGAUGAAUUAGCAGAGAAAUCAAUCAAGUUAGUAUUAAAAGAUGUUCAAGUUGAAAAACUUAAUUCUACACUUUCUGAAAAGGAACAACAAAUUGCAGACAUUUAUAUUCGCAACAAGAAACAGUUAGACAAUCAGUUAGAGGGUUAUAACAAAAAAAUAAUCGAAAAAGACAACGAACUGAAAUUGUGUCAAGCUGAGGAAUUCAAAUCAAGACACUCUGAGGAUUGUGGUAAAUGUAAAGAGGAAAUAGGCAUUUGUGAGAAUCGGGUAAGGACAGAGAUCGAAACUCGUUGGCAGCAUCAUAGAACAAUUCUGGAAACGCAAACGAACUUACAGAAAAAAGAAAGAGAACACGAAUUAUGUCAAACACAACUUAGAAAAUUUGACAGAAUAUUAGAACAUCCAACUGGUUGUAUUCCACUACAAAAUGUUGAAAAUGCAGGUGAUCAUCAAAUCAAAGUUUCGGGUGUUGCUUCCUUCAAUGCUUUAUGCGAUAGCGAGUUAGCAAAACCUGGAUGGAUAGUUAUAGAACAGCGUAUUGGUGAAAAUAUGAUUAAUGGGAACGUGUCCUCGUAUCGUGAAGGAUUCAGUUUCGUAAAAAGUAAUUUUUUCCUUGGGUUAGAAAAGCUUUAUAGCCUGACGAGAUCGCAACGGUAUGAGCUCUAUGUUCAUUUGGUUUUAUCAGACGAUCGUAUUGAAUAUGCUCGGUACGACAACUUUAAAGUAGAUAAAAAUAAAUAUAGAAAUAAUCGCUAUGAAGUAACAUUGGGUUAUUGCAACGGAACUAGUGAUUUGCUAGACAGACCCAUUAUUUAUUAUAGUGAAGAACCAUAUAUCAUUAAAAAUAUCAAGCUUAUCUUCGAUCAUGGAGUCCGCUGGUGGUCCUACAAAACUUACCCAAGGAAUACAAAUCUAAGGCCCCGCUAUCAAGUACCGACUUGUGACCCCAUUAUUAAAUUUGCUAAUAUGCUCAUACGUCCCUUGAGUUAAAGGAGGAAGUAAAUAUACCAAAGUUAAAAAUGGAAAUUUUAUUUUAUAUAAUUUAAGUCUAGUACAACAAGUAAACUACAGUCAAGUGUGCUCGACUGUGAGAUACCCUGUACCCAUUUUAAAUAAAAGCAAAACAGCACGGCAAUAUUCUUAAAAUAUACCGAAAUGAUGUACCACAAAAAUACUAAAAAUAUACCAAAUUAAAAUUAAAUUUGGUAUAAUGAUAUAAUACUACAUUCAAAAUAUAUCAUAGAGUGCAAAAUAUACCAGAUUAUCGGUCAAAGCAAAUAAUAAUUGUAGUAAUUGGAAGAAUUUCCCAUACAAU